AUGGCUGGCCCCGCGGAUGCGCCUCCCGAUGGCCAACCGGACUAUUCGACCUGGACGACCCCCAGUUUGGUUGCGCGGAUCACAGAGCUGGAGCGCCAGCUUCACUCACGAAACACCGAGUAUGCUACCCUGCCGUCCAAGGGUGUUAGUGAGGUCAGCGCGACGAGUUCCGCUCCCCCCCCCCCUGAGCGUCCAGGGACAGACACACGAGAGCUUGUCCCCGCCAAAGCAGGGAAACAGAAGAGACCUCUAUCGCCUGACGAUGAUAUCACGCAUACAAGAGCGCCUACCCGUCCUCCGAAGCAACCUCGAGAGAUUGAUCCAUCCAAAUACAAUACUCGUUUCAUAGCGCUGAAAUUUGCAUAUCUGGGACAGCGCUAUAAUGGUCUGGAGCAUGCGAACGGGAAUGUCACGCCCCUACCCACCAUUGAAGAGGAGCUGUGGAAGGCGAUGCGGAGGACUCGGUUGAUAUUCCCUAAGAACGCGGAGGCCUUUGACGAUUCCCGGGGGCCGAGGGCAUUGAAACCUUUCGCAAUCAGCUGGGAGGGUUGCGAUUACUCAAAGGCCGGGCGGACAGAUCGUGGUGUGAGUGCCUUUGGCCAGGUCAUUGGAAUUAGAGUACGAAGUGCGAGGCCUAAACGGCCGGAUGCAGAGGCAACGUCCGACGUUGAGAUGACAUCCGGCCCUCAUGCCGACGACACUUGGGAUGACAUUGCAGAUGAAAUACCCUAUAUAAGUAUGCUGAACAGAGUGCUUCCGGACGACAUUCGGAUUCUAGCCUGGUGCCCCAAUCCGCCUCCGGGUUUCGACGCUCGUUUCUCGUGCCGAGAACGCCAGUACAAAUAUUUUUUUACCCAGCCUGCUUUCUCUCCAACUCCAGGGCCGCUGGGUUUUGCUAUGCGGUCAUCGGGUGAGAAGAGUACCUCUGCACAGUUACGGGAAGGCUGGUUAGAUAUUGAUGCCAUGCGAGAAGCUGCCAAGUACUUUGAAGGAGUGCACGACUUUCGGAAUUUCUGCAAGCUUGACACAAGCAAGCAGAUUGAGAACUUUGAAAGAAUCAUCUACCAUGCAGACAUCGAGCUCCUUGAUCCAAAAGAUCACCCCUUGGGCUAUGUGAACCAGCCCGGCUUUCAAGCUCUCCCGAAUGCAGCGGCCGGAACGGAUGCCGAAUCAGGAGCCAUCACAAAUUCAGCUGCUGCUAAAGUGUAUGUAUUCAAUUUGCACGGGUCUGCCUUCCUGUGGCAUCAAGUACGGCACAUGGUGAGCAUCCUUUUCCUGGUCGGCCAAGGGCUGGAGCCUCCAACUAUUGUGCGCGAUCUGCUGGAUGUGUCGAAAAAUCCCUGCAAACCAACGUACGAAAUGGCGUCUGAUGCCCCGCUAGUCCUCUGGGAUUGUAUCUUCCCAGACGAGGCAAGCGGCAGUCGUAAAGAUGCACUGAACUGGAUCUACGCUGGAGAUCCCAGGCAAUCCAAGAGCCAACUAGGGAAGGGCAGCGGCAAGUUCGGUGUUGGAGGAGUAGUGGACGGACUUUGGUCCGUUUGGAGACAGCGGAAAAUAGACGAGAUUCUGGCAGGCGCGCUACUAGACCUAGCUGUUAGCCAGGGUGACCAAAGUGUUGUCCAGGGAGGAGCAUCUCAUGACGCUAUUUCGGAGAAAGAUAAUCGGGGGCAAAAGGUUUUCUAUGGCGCCAAUGAACCCAGAAUGGGCGGCAAAUAUGUCCCCGUCAUGCAGAAGCGGAGGACAGAACCCGUGGAGGUUCAGAACGCCAGGUGGCUUGCGUCAAAGCAGCGAAAAGCUGAGAAGGCUCCGGAGCCUGCGCAUGGGGACGAUUAG